GAAAGCGGCUUAAAUCUAAUUGGCUCCCCCAGGAUCUCAGCUCCUGUUACAUUGGUGCAUUCCUUUUUUUGAGAGGCAUCUGGAGAGACUGAACGGCCACUGCUCGUUGGCAUACAGGAAGCACCUGGCAUGUCAAAGCCACACUGUCUUCCAUGGGACUCCCUUUGUGAACAGCUUCUAUUUAAAAGACUUUUGUGAGUGCAUUAUUUCAACCAAGUCCUCAGAGAACCUAUUUGUCUUCUGAUCCUCCGGAGGUCUUAAGGAAGCUACUAGAGAAUGUGCUCUACAAAAAUGAGGAUGUAAACCAAGAAAGAGGAAACCAUGGGAUCCAGGAAACGGGGGACCCAACACAGGCGAGAGGCGCAGGGAUUUCGCAAGAUGGUGUUAAAAAGAAGCCCCAGGACAACAGAAUCCGAUGACCUCCGUGGGGAACCUGCACUCAGCCAUCAGAGCGCACCUGCCCCCAAGGAUGCUCAUAGUUCAGUCGUAGAUGCAGGUGGCGUGGAAAGCAUCAGCCGGUGUCCCCAGCAGCUUCCUCAGAUGAUGGCUGCAGCAGCUGAUGGUUUGGGGAGUAUAGCGAUAGACACAACCCAGCUCAACAUGUCCGUGACCGAUCCCACAGCCUGGGCCACCGCCAUGAAUAACUUGGGCAUGGUUCCCGUGGGGUUGCCUGGACAGCAGCUUGUGUCUGACUCAAUCUGUGUUCCAGGCUUUGAUCCAGGCCUCAACAUGAUGACUGGGAUCACCCCCAUUAACCCGAUGAUUCCAGGCCUGGGGCUGGUACCACCGCCACCACCAACAGAAGUGGCUGUCGUCAAAGAAAUAAUCCACUGCAAAAGUUGUACUCUUUUCCCUCAAAAUCCAAAUCUUCCACCUCCUUCCACAAGAGAACGACCUCCUGGGUGUAAGACCGUGUUUGUCGGGGGAUUACCAGAAAACGCUACUGAGGAAAUUAUUCAAGAAGUCUUUGAGCAGUGCGGUGAUAUUACAGCGAUUCGGAAAAGCAAGAAGAAUUUCUGUCACAUUCGCUUUGCAGAGGAAUUCAUGGUUGAUAAAGCCAUUUACCUUUCCGGUUACCGGAUGCGAUUAGGGUCUAGCACGGACAAGAAGGACUCGGGCCGCCUCCACGUGGACUUCGCCCAGGCCAGGGACGACUUCUACGAAUGGGAAUGCAAGCAGAGGAUGCGCGCGCGCGAGGAGCGGCACCGGCGCAAGCUGGAGGAGGACCGGCUGCGGCCGCCCUCGCCGCCCGCGAUCAUGCACUACUCGGAGCACGAGGCCGCCCUGCUGGCCGACAAGCUGAAAGAUGAUAGCAAGUUUUCAGAGGCUAUCACAGUGCUACUCUCCUGGAUUGAGCGAGGGGUUAAUCGGCGUUCUGCCAACCAGUUCUAUUCCAUGGUGCAGUCAGCCAAUAGCCACGUCCGCCGGCUGAUGAACGAAAAAGCCACCCAUGAGCAGGAGAUGGAAGAAGCCAAGGAGAAUUUUAAAAAUGCCUUAACUGGAAUCCUCACCCAAUUUGAGCAGAUUGUGGCCGUUUUCAACGCUUCUACCAGACAAAAAGCUUGGGACCAUUUCUCGAAAGCUCAGCGCAAGAACAUAGACAUUUGGCGAAAGCAUUCUGAGGAGCUCCGGAACGCUCAAAGCGAGCAGCUUAUGGGUAUCCGCCGCGAAGAAGAAAUGGAAAUGUCAGAUGAUGAGAAUUGUGACAGCCCGAAAAAAAUGAGAGUCGAUGAAUCAGCCCUGGCUGCUCAGGCCUAUGCUCUGAAAGAGGAGAACGACAGUCUGCGCUGGCAGCUCGACGCCUACAGGAACGAAGUGGAGCUGCUGAAACAGGAGAAAGAGCAGCUUUUCCGAACGGAGGACAACGUCACCAAGGACCAGCAGCUCCAGUUCCUGCAACAGACCAUGCAGGGCAUGCAGCAGCAACUGCUGACCAUCCAGGAGGAGUUAAACAACAAGAAGUCGGAAUUGGAACAAGCAAAGGAGGAGCAGUCGCACACGCAAGCAUUACUUAAAGUCCUCCAGGAACAAUUAAAAGGUACCAAGGAAUUGGUCGAGACCAACGGCCACAGCCAUGAGGACACAAAUGAAAUCAACGUGUUGACAGUCGCACUGGUCAACCAAGACCGAGAGAACAGUGUGGAAAAAAGAAGCCAAGGCUUGAAAUCAGAGAAAGAAGCUUUGCUAAUCGGCAUCAUAUCAACGUUUCUUCAUGUCCAUCCUUUUGGAGCCAAUAUAGAGUAUCUUUGGUCAUACAUGCAGCAGCUUGACUCCAAGAUAUCCGCCAACGAAAUCGAAAUGCUUCUGAUGAGGCUGCCACGCAUGUUCAAACAGGAAUUCACAGGCGUGGGAGCGACUUUGGAAAAAAGGUGGAAGCUGUGUGCCUUUGAAGGAAUUAAGACGACCUAACUAUGAGGAAUUAAACAAGUCUCUGGAAGUGAAACCGCCUGAACUCGGCCAGGGCUGUGCGCUGUGAGCACUGGAGGUUGGGGUCGUCCGGCGUGGGGCCCCUGCGGAGCCAUCAGAGCCAGACUUCAGUGACAUCCGUGGCGUCCUCUUGUGAAUGGAAAUGUAAUUGUGUACCAGUUCCCUAAAACCAAGCUCCAUACUGUGACAGAUCUGUUUCCUAUGAAAACCAACGAUUCCACAGUCAUCACGAUGGCAAAAUCUUAAAAUAUGCUACAUUUGAGAAUAGCUCACCGAGCAGAAUAUGUAAAGUGAAUGAUGGUGUAGCAAUGGUUGUUGCUAGGCUACCGAGUUGUAUAUGUAAUGUAUAGCGGAAAUCAUUCAAUGACAUUUUCCGGAAAGUCUUUCUGUUUUAGUAAAAAAACAAAACAAAACAACAACAACAACAAAAAUAAAAAUAAAAAAGUAAUUUUACAGUGAGAAAAAAUCAUACCAAAAGAAAACUUGAAUAUGUGUCUGAACAUUUAUUGUAUUUUGUAAAUUAAGUUAUAUGCUAUUCCAGGGACUUUUGCCUUAUUGAAGAGGCAGAAAAUGUGAUUGGACUCCUUGGACUCCUUGCGAAUGCUUUAUCAAGAAUAUUAUUUUUCUAAUGUAACAAUUCUCCAUCGUCACUUCUUUUAACAUGGACUGCAUAACAGUUUUCAUAAAAUGUAAAUAAAGGAAAAGCUAGUGCUCCUGUCUUGUACUUGGUAUGUAAUAUUCAGGUUUAUGCAUCAAAAUAAACAUUCAGUAAAUAUUCCUGUUACAAAUUUUAUAGCAAAGAUAUUAAUUUUUUUCAAUAAAUAUGACUU